GCGCGUUAUGUCAUGUCGUGCUUACAACACACUAAAAUCGGAGCUACCCUCACGUGACCGCGCAGUCUUCCCACCUCGUUACCCACCUUGUUACAUCCUUGACGCUUUCCAGCAUCUCACCCGUCUUUUCUCUCUACUUACGUCGCAUGGCCAACUCACGAGGCGCAACAGACGACGGCCCCGGCUACAUGUACAGUCCAGGCGCCCUCGGCCUGGCGCUCGUAUCUAUGGGCCUUGGCCUCCUGCUAGGGCUGGCCUCCCCAAAACGGUUCGAAUUUGGCAAGGCGGUCCAAGUGGCUGGCGACGUGGGAAGAUCGGCAACGCGAUCUUACAAGAUGGUCUUGGUUAUCCGCUCUGACUUGCAAAUGUCAACUGGGAAGAUUGCCGCGCAAGCAUCUCACGCGACGCUCGGGACGUAUAAGGCGGCGAACGGCAAUGAGACGACAAAGAGAUGGCUGGCUGAAUGGGAAAUUGCAGGACAGAAGAAAGUGGCACUGCGAGUGGAUUCUGAGGAGGCCUUGAUGCAGUUGAGAAAGCUGGCGCGAGAGAAAGGCCUGCCGGAGAAACUUGUCCGGGACGCUGGCCUAACUCAGGUCGCAUCAGGAUCCGCUACCGCAUUGGGAAUCUUUGGUCCAGACGAUGAAGUCAAUAAGAUCACCGGAGAACUGAGGCUCUAUUGAGUCCCCUCGCAAAAAAAUCAUUUGGAAGGGCUACCGGCUUUGGCCUCCGAACCUGAGUGGCCUGCGAUGACGGUCCUCCACCACCCGCCGCCUGAUUGGCACCUCCCGCUGCACCCCU